AUGUCUCUCCUCAGACCAGACUAUCCCCUGCUCCAAAGGCUGGCGCACAAGGCUCGAGGAAACCUGCUAGUCAAAUUCCAUCCAUCCAAAACCCUUUUUGAUGCCGAACGACCACGCUUGUUCGAUACCAACAGCGCGUCACAUGUGGUUGUCAAGGACACCUUUGAACGCAGGAACAAAGAUCAUCUCCAUUGGCACGUCACUGCCAAUGUCAGUGCCAGUGAUAUCCCUUACGCCAUUGUGCGGAACAAGUUGAAGAGGAGAUAUAUCAGCGCGUUUUGCUCAGCCUUGAAAGAGAAGGGCUAUCAUACCAAUGGGAAAGUGCUCAGUGGGGACAAUACCAGUCUGGGUCAGAAGCACAUGCCUCGAAGAGAUCUUCAGGGCACUCUGGAGGUCUUCGUCUUCCAUAAAAUGGCCCACGAGGUGUCCUUUGAGAGAAUGCGAAAAGAUGCCAAACUCGUCAUCGAUGCUGUCUGCUCGAACCAGUCUCCUGUUUCCAAGCCUGAGGUUCAGUCUCGGGCUCAGGCUCAGGCUCAGGCUCAGGCUCAGGCUCAGAUUCAACCUCAACUUCAACCCUGGAAGUUUGGCGGAAUACUAUGGAAUCAAGGGAGGAAGAAGAAGAACCAAACAGCCCCAUUGGUUAGGAGAGUACAAUUGGUUUGA